AUGGAAUCGACGGCGCCCCAGUUCCUUGGGCUGCGGGACAGCUUCAUAUUAGAACCGAUAGAAAGAGUUGAUGAGGACACAAUCAACGUUUUGGGCUUGCAAAACUUGGUGAAAAUGGCAAACUUUGAGCUGUGUCACGCAAAGAUCUUGACCAUCCAGUGCGGUAUCCACCUUGUGUUCGAGCCAGAAGAAGAGGAUGUUGCUACCCGACAAAAGAAGUACGGCGUGUUCUAUCCUUGUGCUCCCUAUGACACUGAAGACGUUUCAGAAUUUGAGAAAACAUCAGGAGUACAUUUCCUAAGCGACAGACCAUCGUCAUUUAUUUAUGGCUCGCCUACUUUAG